AUGUCGAUAGAUGAACAUAAACCUCAAUCACUAAGAUUAUCACUUGCAGAUGCGUCGACCACUUCUCCCCUGCUAGCCGCGCCGCUCCACCUUCGCCUUCAUCACCUCCACCCUCGAUUCCUCCCCCUUCGCCGAUGUAGGAUCGCAAGAAGCCCAUUGAUCCAAAACCAUAAACAAAACGGGGUGGAUAAAAUCCAAAUCUCCUUUUCUUUUCGCCAUUUCCCAUUCCCAUCAUCUCCCCAAUUUCUUGUAAAAGUCUAUAAAGUUACAAAUUCAUACAGACCAUCUAUAUCAUCCAGGCCUCUGCACCAUUCAUAUAUGAAUCAUCCAGACGCCACCAAACAGCUUUUAACCCUCCCUCCACCAUUGCUGAGUCCAGACGCCGAUUUCAUGCGUCGCCAAUAACUUCGACGGUUAAAGCAUGUCUCAAGCAAGGGCGAAGACGAUGAAAUAUCUCAAUUAUAUCUAUAAGGUAUGCAGGUACUUCAUGCAGUUAUUGCUUAGGUAGUUCUUUCAAAGCCCUUUCUAUUAAAAAAUGUACCAUUUCCAAUCCUGCGGCCACCGACGAGAGCUUUGGUUUCCUAAAAAGCUGGAGGAGAUUUUAUUGUUGCAAUGCAAAUUAUCCAUGGAUGGAGCAAGAUUGUAAGUCUUGAUCAUGGACUCCAAGUGCAAUAGCCCUUUUCUUAUGUCUCUUACCACACUACAAGCAGUGAGGACACCAAGAAACAUUUGAUUAUCAGGCUUUAAUCCCACCUUUUUGAACCUCCUGAAUAUUUCAAUUGCAUCUUCGCUGUGGCCGUUUUUAGCAAGCCAUGUUAUCAUGGUGUCCCAAGAAGUGAGAUUUCUUAGAAGCAUUUUAGCAAAACACCAU